AAUAAAACUUAACCUAAGAACACCAUGACAGAGCGUUGCCAACUGAAAUUUUAAAGUCGCGUUUAACUAUAAUUCAAAUUUUUCUCCAAAUUCUAAUCACACUAAGGUCAACUGGUCAUCAGUAAACAGACAAGAUACUGCUGUCUGGAAACUAAUUAAUACGAACCCAUUCUCCGAAACAAUGGGUGAAUCUCUUGUAUGCGUCAAAGAUUUCGAAAGACACGCUUUUUCGGUACUACCCAGAAGCGCACUGGACUUUUACAGAAGUGGGGCUGGAGCUGAAACCACCUUGGUCCACAAUCGACGAGCAUUCUCCAAGUUUAAAAUUCGACCGCGAUGUCUAAGAAACGUGUCCAGAAGAGAUCUGUCGACGACGGUUUUGGGCCAAAAAGUCGAAAUUCCUGUCGGGAUUUCUCCAAUGUCUAUGCAAAGGAUGGCGCAUCCAGAGGGAGAAUGCGCCAGUGUUAGAGCUGCUCAAGAAAUGGGCACUAUAUACACGCUGAGUAGUUUGGCGACCGCCAGUAUCGAAGAAGUGGCAGAAACAGCACCACGUGGUAUUAACUGGUUUCAGUUGUAUAUCUUCAAAGACAGAGAAGUGACUAAAAAAUUGGUGGCUCGAGCAGAAAAUGCCGGUUUUAAAGCCCUAGUCUUAACAGUGGACGCCCCCAUCUCCGGUCUACGCUUGGCUGACAUAAGAAACAAAUUCGUUCUUCCUCCACAUCUAAAAUUCGCAAAUUUUUCCGGCGACAAAUCUACAGGGAUCAACACCACCGAGUCGGGUUCAGGUCUCAACAGCUACGUCAAUCGCUUUUAUGAUCAAAGCUUGGAAUGGAAAGAUAUCAGGUGGCUUCAGGGUAUCACAAAGCUUCCCAUUGUUCUUAAAGGUAUACUAACAGCAGAAGAUGCUGUUAUUGCGGCUGAUUUAGGUGUAGCGGCCAUUCUGGUGUCCAAUCAUGGCGGUAGACAAAUAGACGGUACUCCAGCUUCUAUAGAAGCACUACCCGAAAUUGUGAAAGCAGUAGGCGACAGGGUUGAAAUUUAUCUAGACGGGGGUGUCACGGAUGGUACUGAUGUUUACAAAGCUCUGGCACUGGGGGCGAAAAUGGUGUUCGUUGGACGGCCUGUGUUGUGGGGGUUAGCACACAGUGGAGAAGACGGGGUCAAGAAAAUACUCACUAUACUCAAAACUGAACUAGAUUACGCUUUGGCGAUUACUGGAUGUGCUACGAUAAAAGAUAUAAGCAAGGAAAUGGUAGUACCGGAAGAGUACUACAACAAGUUGUAAUUUUUUGUGAAAAUUUUGUGCUGCCGCCGCCACUGCAUAAUCCAUAUUUAUAAUUUUCUAUUAUCUCCGCCACUGUGUACCUCACACCUAAAUUGUUGUGUUUAAAGUCACGUCUUCGCUAGCGACAUCUGUCAGACAAAUAAAAUGUAAUAAUCUCAACAAAUAAGAUUAACGUUUGACGAAACAAUAACAAUUAAGCACAUAACUAG